CCCACCAACGCCGUCAAUGUCUGGCCGGAUGAAGCAACUGACGAACUUGAGAAGAUGCUCUUCGAACAGCAGAAUCCUUUCGAAAGCAGCCUUGCCACCUUUGCCGUUCCUUGCAGUGCCAGUGGACUGGCCAUCGGACGCAGUUUUGGUGCUGAGUGGAUCAGAAACGCAUAUCAUGACAUGGCCACGGCGGACGUUCAAGCAGGCACUGGCGGAAUAGAUGCUUCAAUUGUUUUCGAGAAGGAUCGCCCAGAGAAUCCCGGCAGUGCUUUCCAAGAAACGCUGGAUUUUUUCCGGCCAAGAUACACUACCCGAUCCUCACUAUCUGACCUGUUCGCCAUGGCAGCAGUCUUUGGAGUUGGUGGAUGCUCGAAUGGAGAUAUCAUUCUCCCCUACAGGGCAGGUCGUGUUGAUGCGACUGGCCCUGGCCCUUCCGGCGUUCCAGAGCCGCAGGAAGACCUUGCCACACACACUGCGAAGUUUGUCAAGCAGGGUUUCAACACGAUUGAGAUGAUUGCCAUUGUUGCCUGUGGUCAUACGGUUGGAGGAGUACAUGGUGUGGAUUUUCCAGAAAUUGUGCCAAACCCACAACCUCCUCCACCUUUUGGUAAUGACAAUAGUGUCUUUUUUGAUACGUCAACAAGCAAUUUUGACAACCAAGUCGCCAAGGAAUUCGUAGCGAAUGUUUCUCAAAACCCACUUGCAUUUGGUCAUAAUAAUGAAACUAUGCGAUCGGAUUUCCGAAUUUUCAACGCUGAUGGAGGUGAUAUGAUUUCACGGAUGGCUGAAUCGCAAGAAUUUUUCUCCCAAACUUGUGCUGCUCUAUUUGAGCGCAUGAUCAAUACUGUGCCGCCGAAUGUUAAGCUAACUGAUGCUCUUCAACCCCUGCCUGUUAAGCCAAGAAAGUGGUCCAUUGCUGUCAAUGACGAUAAGACGCUGAGACUCAGUCUAACCUUAAGGGUUAUCGACACUUUAAAGGGAGGUAGCAAGGGCCAGAUUUCCGUCUCCCUACUCUCACGCUUUGGCGAGCCUCUGCCUGUUGCCACACCUCUCAUAAUUGGAAACCUCUCUACUUCAACUUGCGACUAUCCUAACUGUGGUGCGGAAUUCUUUUAUUACGAUUUCAAUACCAACAUUCCUGCUGAGCAAGGCAUAUCCUCUUUCACUGUUGAUAUUAAAGACGGUACUACUGAGAAGAUUACGACUUUCAACAAUGGAGGCGCCGUGUUCCCUCUAUCUGAUGCCAUUCAGCCUCAGAUGAGCCUCUGCAACCAGACUACUACAACUAUCAAUGGUGUCACUCUGCAACAGCUAGGCGUGACUGCAAGGGUUUACAAUGCUGAUCAAUUUACCAACAUCUCACUUAUUGUUCCUCAGCCUUCGAACUUUAGUGCUACAAUUAGCCCAUGGAUUCCAGAAGUGGUCCCCAUGAGAGCCUCCAGCAAGAUUGCAGGGACCAACUUCACUCUCUACACCGGUACUUGGAUAGCUAGCAAUGAGGGUGCCCCACAACAUCCUUUUGAUGUUGUUGCCACAGGCCCA